GCUUAGGGAGUGCUGUCACGGCGUGUGUGGGGCAGGGAGGCUCCUGAGGACCGGGCUGGCCAGACCUUUCCGUCGGCGGGUGCCGAGCCGGGAUCGCCGCCAUGAGCAAGAUCUCCAAGUUCUUCAAGGGGGGCGGCUCGGCCGCCUCCAAGGGCCGCGGGGGUCCCUCGCCGCAGGAGGCGCUGGCCCGGCUGCGAGAGACGGAGGAGAUGCUCAGCAAGAAGCAGGAGUACCUGGAGACGCGGAUCGAGCGGGAGCUGGCGGUAGCCCGGCAGCACGGCACCAAGAAUAAGCGAGCUGCCUUACAAGCACUGAAGAGAAAAAAGAGAUAUGAGAAACAGCUGAAUCAAAUUGAUGGGACACUUUCGACCAUUGAGUUCCAGAGAGAGGCAUUGGAAAAUUCCCACACCAACACAGAAGUGCUCAAGAAUAUGGGUUAUGCUGCACAGGCUAUGAAAAAAGUACACGAAAAUAUGGAUUUGAACAAAAUUGAUGAUUUGAUGCAAGAUAUCACUGAACAGCAAGAUGUUGCCCAGGAAAUUUCAGAUGCUAUCUCAAACCGAGCCACCUUUGCUGAUGAGUUUGAUGAGGAUGAGUUGAUGGCAGAACUGGAAGAACUGGAGCAAGAAGAACUGAACAAGGGAAUGAGAGAUGUCAGGUUGCCAAGUGUUCCGUCCACAUCGCUGCCUUCUCGCCCUGCAUCGACCAGGAAAAGAGCAGAGGAUGAAGAUGAAAUGAAGAAACUGGCUGCCUGGGCUUCAUAAGAGCAUGGUCUUUUUAUAACACCAAACAUUAUAGUGCAGGAUGUGAAGAGCUGUACUGCUGUUUUAUAACCGCACUGAUUUAGUGUGGUUCCAUUUCAUACAGGCUGGGGUUUUUUAUGGCACAUCUUGCUGAGACUAGUGUUACUGCCAUAUUACAAAACUAGCUUAAAAAUCAACAAACAGAAGACUUGAGUAGUGUCUAAACCUUCAGGCAUCAUAUUUUUUCAGCCUCGUCAAGGGAUUUGUUUUAUUGUUAGUAUCAGUUUUUAAUAGGUACUAUCUUACCAUAUCUGUUGGUUUGUAAAACCCGUGUGCCUCACUUAUGCUCAAAGCUGGAUUCACUUUUGAAAUGAGAAAGUAAGUAAGUCAUCAGGGCCCUAUAACUAGAGGGUUAUUUGGUUCAGACUAUUUGAAUAUGAACAAAACAGCUUAAUACAUGUCCUCAUUUGCAAGUUCUUUGAGCCCAAGGACUAAUAACUAUUCAUUUGGGCAUGAAGAUUCAAACAGCCUGCCUGGAGCAACUUAUGGUGUCUUAGAUAUUAAGAGGAAGCUCUUCUGUAGCCCUAUUGAAGUGGGAUCUGUUAUUUGUUUUGUUUCAACUGCCCAAAAUGUCCCAUGCACUUCUAUAGGUCAGCUUGAAUUGUAUUUUGGGCUAUUUCUGGCUAGGUUACAGAAUUAGUGAUCGAGGAAAGCAAAAUGUCUAGGUUCUUACGGAUUCCUGCCAAACACUACUGAUUUUCAUUAUUCCUGUCAAAAAUGGAAGAGAUUUGACAUUCCUAUGUUCUCCUCUACCUUGUCUUUCUAGAAUAAGUCUUUACUUUGUAUGAUAUUACUUAUCCUCAUUGAAGGAAUUAGCAACAUAUACUUAAUACCAUUUCAAAAUAGUUUUGAUUUCUGAGCAUCUGGUUCUUUUCUCUUACUCAGUUUGUGAACAGAAAUAAUAACCAUUGUGUGUUGCAUUUUCAGUGCCUUUUAAAACCCUGGUUAAAAGCUGAUUCUGGGUUGCUUGUAAAGUUGAUGUAUUACUGUCUAACUGACAGCAUUUUAGCCUAAGGAACAAAUGCCACUUUUGAGUGCUAAACUACUGCAUAUAUGGAGAAAUUUCUGGUCAAAUACAACCCCAAAAUUAAAUAGGCUGCUUUGUACUAACAAACUAUUAAAUAAAUCUUAAGCUGUAUGCUAGUAGCCUGCUGUCAAUCAUAAGGAAAUAGUAAAACACUGUGGAGUUCUUAGGGGUGUAGGAAGCAGAGUCCUUGAUCUAGGUCUCUUGUUUUCAAAUGAAUUUAAAUUUAGUGAUGACUGAACCACCUGGGGAAUAGUGGUGGACUUGUUUUCUGUAGAUCUUCAGCAACAGAAGACUGACCCCUUCUCCUGUUAGCCUGUGAUGUGCUGGGUGGUCAGCUUCAACAGGCUUCAGUUUAGUGGAUUUUAGGUUAAGUAUAAGCAAAUAUGUAUUUCUAGAAAUGGCCUGCUCAGAGCCUUUUAAGUUGAGCCCCAUGGAUGAAACCCAAAAUGUAUAAACCAUGGGAAGAGAUUGACUUUUUCAGAAUUUUCAUUCUCUGUGAAAGAAUUGCUUUUGGAUUGUAUAUGUAUGAGAGCUGAAUCAAGCCUUGCCACUUUGGAUAGUUUUCUUACUGGAAAAAACUGGGUAUGCUAAUUCUGUCCUAAAAUUUGGAGGUACCAGGAAAAUUGUCCUUUUUUGCUGAGAGUAGAAAUAAUCUGGAAUUAUUUAAUUUUCGUUUUAAAUACAAAAUAAAACAUUUAAAAAAAUAAGAAAGAAAGAAAAAAAAAAAAAAAAAAGACAGCUGCCUUACAUUUAAAAAGACAUUUUGAACUCUCAAGGAGUAGGAAACCAAAUACUGACAAAACACUACUUGGUUUUAAUGCUUUCUGAAAUUCAGCAUGAGAUGCUAGCUGAAAGCAGGAAUAUGUAGUAAAAUAGCAAAUAUUCUAAGUUAUUUCCAAUCCACUUGCUAACCCUUCUGGCUUGAAACCUGUGUUCAAGGUGUGCAGUUUAUACAGGUCUCUGAAUAGAGUACAGACCAUAUUAGCACACACUGGGUGUGUGACUGCAAGGCUGGCAGUGUGCUUGUGGACACUUCUGGUAUUUCUAAAUACGAGGCCAUGCCAGCAUAGUCCCAUAGUUCGGAAAAGCUGGCUUCCAGCCUCUGUUCUUGGUUGAAUUAGUAGUUUAACAAUGCUUGGCUCUUAUGUAGCCCUUGGCAUAUUUGAAGUGCUCUACAACCUAACGGGUCUCUAAGCUUCCAUUUUGAAACUAAAGUGACUUUCAGUCUGCGUUGGAAAAUGUGAGCCUGAGGUUUUAGAAUUGGGACUUUUCAUGUGAACACCCCUCACUGGAGACAAAAACAAAAUCCUGUAGUGAAGAUCUCCUUUGCAAACCAGCUUUUGACUGCUGAUCUCCAGCAAUGUUUUGACCAAGUGUUAAUCCUGAAAAAGCUUCAGGUUUAUGUUCAGCUUAUUACUCUCAGACCAAGCACUUUAAAAACUAAAUUUUUGAAAGGUGAAGAAAUGAAACUGAAUAUUCAGGUGAGCUGCUCUGAAAGCUUAUGUACAGUCUGAAAGACAGACUCAUGUACCAGUUCACAGGUGUCAUGGGUUAGGCCAGGAUGUGAGGUUGGUGAAACACGCAGAAACAUUGUAGUGUUCUACAGAAACCAAAACACACCGUAGACCUCCAUAACUGGAGUGUUUGUAGCCAUAUUUUUUGGGACACAAGUUUUCUUCAAGGGCAAAGGGGUUGUAGGGAUUUAAUUCAUCUGAGGGAGUGGCUCUUUCCUGUGUAAAUUCAGAUAACAGUAGGACAAAUGGCUCUUUCUUUUUUGAACAUAUGCCUGUCUCCGUGCCGAGAUGUUAUUUGUUUAGUAUGUAAGCAAUCAAGAGGGGAAUAUUGUCAACGUGUUAUUGUAAAUGUACCCUAUUGACUGGAACAUAUUUUACAGGACUGUGGCAGUAGACGGUGUACUAUAACUGACUUCCUUUCUUGUUGCUUAUUUAUGCUGAGAUUGUUUUUUUCUCCUAACAGGCUUAGACAUUUUUAACUUAAAAAGGGGGAAAAUAUAUUAAUAAAAAGUAAAACCAAUUCAUAUAUGUAUAUACAUAUAUAUAUACACACUGUAAAUAAAUAU